GGCGGUCCACUCUCGCGAGGUGAGGUCGGUAGCUUACUAGCCAUUUAAUAACUGGAAUCUCCCCUGCCUGGUUAUUUCUCAAUGUAUGAUUUCUACGAACGUAGUACUACUACCACAGGGACCGGGGAACGACGGAGAUGCUGCGAGACAAAUGUGGAUACAUUUUACCGACACCGCAAGGGGAGGGAAACAUGUAACCGCGCAUUCGGAGCGGCACCUGACUCUACAAGCGCCGGAGUAGCAUAUCAUCGCAUUUUAUUCCGUUAUAGUUUUACAUUUUGAUGAAUCGACACUAAAAGUGUUUCCUUUUGGAUAUUAGCCACUCCACUCUCUACGAAAAUGAGCGAGGAGGUAUCAGACGUUCCCAAAGAACUGCUUGACAGUGUCAAGGAUGCUGUGGGCCGAAAGAUCAAGCUGUCUGUCAAGAAGAGGGUCAAACUGGAGAGCAAAGGGGACAAGAUGGAGAACAGAGUCCUGGCUCUGGCGUCUCAUCGAGCCUACCUCCUGACUGCUCGCAUCCCUACCAAGAUUGAGCAGAGCUUCAAUUACCUGGAGAUUCAGGGAAUCUCCUGUAACAAGCCCGCACAGCUGGUGGUGGAGCAUGAGCGGGGGGUCCUAUCCCUCAAGAUGGUGUCCACGGAGGAGGUCAAUGAGGUGGUGGCCCACAUAGGCAGCUGUCUGCAGAGGAUAUGUCCUGGCCUGUCCCCAGUUAAGGUGAUGAAGAAGCUGACCAUGGAACCCUCAGAGAGGAUCUCCGGUCUGCAAGCCCUCUGGGAGACCCAGAAACUGGCCGACCCUGGACCCUGCGGUGGCUUCUCCCAGAUGUACAGGUGUGUGUGUGACUGGUUGGGACUGCCUUACAAGGAGGAAGUGCAGUGGGAUGUGGACACCAUUUAUCUGACUCAGGACACGCGGGAGCUGAACCUUCAGGACUUUAGUCAUCUGGAAAAUAGGGACCUGGUGGCCAUUAUCGCAGUUCUGGAGUAUAACCAGUGGUUCACAAAGCUGUCCACCAAGGACUCUAAACUGUCGGCGGACGUGUGUGACCAGAUCCUGAAGGUGGUGGCACGGUCCAGCCGUCUGGAGGACUUGGUUCUGGACAACGCAGGACUGAAAACGGAUUUUGCUCAGAAGCUGGCUGGUGCUCUGGCCCACAACCCUGUCUCAGGUCUGCACACCCUAAGCCUGGCCAACAACCCCCUGGAGGACAGAGGUAUCUCCUCCUUGGGAGCACAGUUUGCCAAACUUCGUAAGGGGCUCAAGCAUUUGAACUUCUCCAAAACGUCAUUGUCACCCAAAGGGGUGAACAGCCUCGCCCAGUCACUGAGUGCCAACCCUCACAUCUCCACCAGCCUCACCCACCUCGACCUCUCAGGGAACACCUUCCGCGGCGACGACAUGCAGAAUUUCUACAGUUUCCUGGCCCAACCCAACAGCCUGGUGACCCUUGACCUGUCCAACACUGACUGCUCAUUGGACCAGGUGUGUUCAGCUCUGCUCAGAGGGUCCACCCAGCAUCUCUCCAUCCUCAACGUGUCAAAAAGUGUCUUCCCCCACAGGAAGGGCAAAGAUGUGCCUCCCUCCUUCAAGCACUUCUUCAGCAGUGCCAUGGCUCUCAGCUGCAUCAGCCUGUCAGGAACCAAGCUGCCCCCGGAGGCCUUGAAGGCUCUACUGCUAGGACUGGCCAGUAACCCCAACUUGAAGGAAGUGUCUUUAGACAUCAGCUGCUGUGAGCUGCGGUCUGGAGGCUCUCAGAUCAUGGAGGGCUGCAUCGCUGAGAUCCCCAACAUCUCCAGCCUGGACAUCUCAGACAACGGCCUGGACUCGGACCUGUCCACUCUGCUGGUGUGGCUGGCCAAGAACCGCUCCAUCCGACACCUCGCCCUGGGCAAGAACUUCAACAACAUCAAGUCCAAGAACCUGGCUCCUGUAUUGGACAAUCUGGUCCACAUGAUACAGGAAGAGGAGUCGCCCCUGACCUCCCUGUCCCUGGCCGAUUCCAAGCUGAAGACAGACCUGACCAUCGUGCUCAACGCCCUGGGCAGCAACAGCAGUCUGACCAAGCUGGACAUCAGUGGCAACGCCAUGGGAGACAUGGGGGCCAAGAUGCUGGCCAAGGCCCUGCAGAUCAACACCAAGCUCAGGACGGUCAUCUGGGACAAGAACAACAGUAGCCCUCAGGGCCUGCAGGACGUAGCAGCAGCAUUGGAGAAGAACUACACUCUCCGCUUCAUGCCCAUCCCCAUCGUGGAUGCCUCCCAGGCCCUGAAGACCAGCCCAGAGAAGACUGAGGAUGCACUGCUUAAGAUAGAGCACUGCCUGUACAGGAACCACGAGACCAGGAAGUACCAGCAAGAACAGGCCUAUCGGCUGCAGCAGGGCAUCGUUACGACGACCACCCAGCAGAUGAUUGACAGGAUCUGUGUGAAGGUCCAGGACCACCUGAACUCUCUGAGGAACUCGGAGACGGACGCCAUCUUGGAAGACGUCAAGGUGGCAGAGAACCUCAUGAAGGAUGCCAGGAACUCCAAGACGCUGCUGCCCAACCUCUACCACCUGGGCGUGGCCUCCAGGGAGGAGGUCAACGGAGCCUCCGUCGGACCAAUCCAGGAGAAGCUGGAGUCCAUGGCAGGAGAGGUCGCCAGGGUCAUGGACGAACAGCUCCAGAGCCUGCUGGAGUCCAUGGUGGACGCGGCCGAGGGCCUCUGCCCCCACGUGAUGAGGAGGACCGACCUGAGGCAGGACCUGAUCACAGCCAGCACCGCCAAGAUGGUGGUCCCUCGCAGCUUCGUCAGGGACACCCUGCUGGAGCAGUCCGGCGUUGACAUCAUCAACAAGAUCAGUGAGGUGAAGCUGAGUCUAGCUUCCUUCUUGUCAGACCGCAUCGUGGAUGAGAUCCUGGAAGCACUUUCUGGCUCCCAGCACACACUGGCGGAUCACCUGGUACUGCGAGGCCGGCCCCUGGUCAAGCAGGGCUCUCUGGACCUGGAAGUGCCCGAGGAGAGAGUUCCCAAACGGGGCUCCACAGAGCUGCUGGAGGCGGAGAGGCUGGACGACCUGGAGACCUGCAUGAUGACACCCAAGUCCAAAAGGAAAAGCAUUCACAGCCGAAUGCUCCGACCUGUGUCUCGUGCCUUCGAGAUGGAGUUUGACCUGGACAAGGCCCUGGAGGAUGUUCCUGUGCAUGUGGAGGACCCGCCCACCUCCGUGGCCCCGCCCAGGCAGGAGAAGAGGAGGUCGGGGGCGUCGGCCUCCGUGACGGAGCUGCCCUCUGAGGAGAGCAAGAAGCUGCAGCACUUUACCAAGCUGAGGCCACGCAGGAACAAGAACAAGACCACACAGUCCAGCAAGAGCCCUCAAAUCACCAGCACCCCAUCACAGGACGGGGAGCAGAACGGCCUCAUGGGAAGGGUCGACGAGGGCGUGGAGGAAUUCUUCUCCAAGAAGGUCACCAAAAUGGACUCCAAGCGCUCCCUGAAGAACCAGGACUCUCAGGAUGGAGAGAAGAAAAAGAAAGGUGGCUUCCUCAACCUCAUCAAGUCCCGCUCCUCCAAGUCUGACAAGAACCAGGCCUCAGCCCCAGCUUCUGUCCCAGCCCCCUCUCCAGCCCCAGCCCCUGUGCCUGCAGUACCAGAAGAGCCCUCCUCCCCUCGGGGGGUGCUAAAGAGCCCGACACCCGAGGGGGAGAGCAGGGAUGACGGUAAGGGGGAGGGCAGUAGCCAGCCCACGGACUACAGCAGCAGCUCUGACCGCUCGGAGGAGCUGCGGACGCCGGACUCCAUGGAUGAGCCCUGGGAGGGCGGCGAGGGGCGGGGCAGCCCCCAGGGAGGCCGGCGCUACGGGGUGCAGGUGAUGGGCAGCGGCCUGCUGGCAGAGAUGAAGGCCAAGCAGGAGAGGAGAGCUGCAGGGUCACACAAGGGUCAGGACCAGCCAGCCAGCCCAGACAGCAGUGGGACAGCUAAGCCCCCCCCACCAGAGAGCAGGUCUCCCAGUGGCUCCAUCAGGACAGAGGCGAGGGUGUCCCCUGAGAGGCCUCCCACUCGUGGGGCCGAUGCCCGUCCAGAGGCAGCCUCCAGAGUCCGGAGCCCCUCCUCCAUGACGGGCCAUGCCAGCCCCAAACCCCCGCCCCCCCAGGGGGCCAAGCCCAGCCUGGCUGCCCGGCCCUCCAUCCCCCAGAAACCCCGCACCAGCAGCACUAGGAGCAUAGACGAGUCCUCUGGCCUCAAGAGGGCGCCGUCGGAGAAGGAGGGUCCUUGCAGCCCCCUCCUGGGUAGCUCGGCGAGUAAGACCAGCCCAGCAAAAGAAGUAGACCAGGUGGGAGACACUAGCGUAUUUGAUUCCGACCAGGAAGUGGAGCUACCUGUGGCCAGGGUCCGACACUCCCCACAAUCAUCCUGCAGCACUGCCUCCGCAGAGGAAGUGGGCGAGCAUGAGAGCAGGAAGUCCCUCCCCCGGCCUGGGAGGUCAGCCAGUGUGUCUGACCCAGCCCAGCGGUCCAGCCCCAGCCGCACCACCUCCAACGACCACAAGACCACAGAACUCUCCCCCAAGCCUGACAGGAAGGACCGGGGUCCGGGGAGGAAGACCUCCGACUCCGGGGAAGAAGCAGACAAAGACUUUAUUUUCAUAUGAGACAACUUACUGUAUGGGGAUUGACCAGUCCUCUGCACCUUAUAGAAAUACAAGUUCUUUGAAAGGCCAUUUCCAUGCAAGUGAAUUCGAGGAUAAAAGGUUCAUUCAGAGAGUUGUAUUUCAAUGCAUGGUACUAGAGUAGAUUUCUGACGGUCAUCUCAACCUGCAAUCAGGAAAACCUAAGCCUAACCUAAGCCUCUUUCAGCCUCUGUAGCCUCACCCCCAGCCUCUGUAGCCUCAGCCCCGGGCUCUGUUGACCUGGGACAAUUAGAGAAGUAAAUGACCAGAAAGCAUGUAUUUCUAUUUGUGAUUGAGGUGCUUUUGAUUGGCCUCUCAGUUGGCACUUACUGUACCAAUCCACUGGUGUCACGGCAGUGGGUGAGACCAAAAUCAAGUGCAUCCGACGUAUUUGACAGUAUUUGCAAAUACAGGCCAACCAUAACCGCUGUACUGCACUGUGCUUUAACUGUAACGCUGUGUUAGCUCUGAGAGCUGUUUAGGCUCUAUGACCUUUUUAAUGCUUCCAAGAGGACUGUAGUACACUUGAAAUAACCCUAGUGAUAACCUCGCUGCAGCACUGUUCUGAUCCUUGCAGUGUGUGCCAUGUUACUGUGGAACAGCAUCCUUGUUAAGGGGAGGACCUCCUCUGGUUACUCAGAUACCUGGCUGUGUGGCUGGAGGGAGGACAGACUCUAGAUGAAGGACUGAUUCUGUUCCCAGUGUUUUUGUUCAGAACUACCUGGAGAACCUGAGUGGAGUAGGUAGCCUAGAGUAUGCCAGCUCACCACAGGAGCAGCCAGACAUGUCCACAUGCACCUUUCUACUGCUGCUGCACCUUGUCCAAGAUGGUGUCUGUUCGGUUUGUAGUUUUUUUUUUUUUUUUCACUUCCUUCAGGCAAAAGGUAUUUUUGAUGUCAUGUACUUAAAACAUAUGUUUCCGAUGUUACACAAACUAAUGCUUUGCUCUUCUACUUUAUGUUCUACUCUGUGUAUCUUAACUUGGUUUGGGGUGUAAAAGCAGCUGGCUGUGUUCUGUUUGUCAUAUAAAACAAUGAACUUGUGUUAAAUCUUUGAGAUUAAAAGGAGAACAGCAGGAGGCUCGGUGAAAGCCAUGAUUGUGUGUGGGCUACUUGUGUGUCCAAUAUGCAUGGUGUGACCAAGGUGUACUGUAUGUAUAUAUGUGCUUUCAUACAUAUGUAUGUGUGUUUCUGUCAUAUGCACGUCUAAUAUAUACACUAUGUUUAGAAUAAACAUACUGAUGUAUAUGCACACACGUGUGUGUGUAUAUAUACACAAAAUCCUAUUUUGAUUAUGGUACUAAGCACACUACAAAAUGUAUGUAUAAUUUAUUGGGUUAAAAACUGUGGCUGAUGGUGUUUGUAUGCCUUUUAUUUUAAAUGUACAUUGUGUUAAUACUACAGAAAGUGAUUGUCUUUUGUUUUGUCAUUAAUCUUAAUACACAAUCAAUUAUUAUUUUCAUGACAAAGAUCAAGCAAAUCGUAGAUCUUUAAUUUGUCGUUUUUAAAAGAAAAACUGUACACGUAUCACUGUUGCUCUUCCUCUCAAUUAUUUUGUUAGGCUGUAUUGUCCAUUUUUUAAAUGCAUAAAUACAUUAAUGUUUUACUAAAGCAUUCUACUGUAUGUGGACAUUUCCUUAUGUGAAUAUUUAUACCAAUUAAAAUAAUUUUACAGGCUGCA